AUGCCAGAUACAGCUCUGAAAGCCGAUCAACCAAGUCCAAGCUCGUCAAGUCCAAGGAAGAAGGAAGGUACGGGUUUCAGUACAAUCGGCAAUACAAUGUCCUUACCCAUCAAUACCCUCUCUUCGCUAUUAGCAUUACAGGAUGUAGAAGAUCAUAAACCAAAGUUAUCUAAGAUAUCUUGGUUACCUGAUAUAUUCGUAUUCCGAUCAUCUAUCUUACCCAUAGUUCUAGGUCCAGUAUUGACUGUCACACUCUUCUCUGCUGGAGUUGCUGCUGCAAGUCAACUGUGGGGUAAAGAAGUGGGAUUGACAAAUAACGUCGUACCCCUUCUUUCCGUGGUGGUAGGUCUUUUGCUGGUUUUCAGAAACUCAUCUGCGUAUGAGAGAUAUGCCGAAGGUCGAAAAGAUUUUACCGCACUGAUCUCCAUCGCUCGUAAUCUAUCUCGUAAUAUCUGGGUCGCAGUCAACCUUCCCCCUCCACCAUCCGAUAGUUCUCAACCCACCAUGUCAAGAAGACAAUUGACCGCGGAAAAGAGAAAGGUGAUAAGAUUGGUAGUGGCAUUUGUGGUAGCUACGAAACAUCAUUUAAGGGCUGAAGGCGGCGUUCAUCACGAUGAUUUGAAGGGAUUACUGCCAGCCAAAUUAGCAGGAAACGAUAUCCGUCGACUCAAAUCAGCUAUCUCAAAUUCCAGUCUUCGUGGUUCAGCCAACUACGGUAAUCAAGUAACAGAUUCUCCUGAUACGAUGACUCCGAGUCAUUCGACUCCUGGGCUUAUCGACUCUCAAGAAGAUGAAGAGAGUGUCGUCGGACUGGGUAAUAAUCCGCAUACACCUUUCUCACCUUCCCCUUCGCUCAACAAUCUCGUUCAUUCACCUCAUCCCAAUCAAACUUCGUUCUCCACCGAGGAUAGCGCUCCUAAUGGAGUAAGACCCAAUUAUCCAAGGAAUAUCAGUAACGUGAUGAAGAGACGACCGACUGCUGUGAGAGUAGUUGAUCCGGAUGAAUAUCACAACGAGUCGGAGCAAACUCCCACUAUGAGUAAAUCAAGUACUGGUACCUGUACGGGCAAAACGACCGCGAAUGAGAGGACUCCAUUGAUCAAAAAGGGAGUUAAGCCCGAUACCGGUAUGAUGGUCAGGGCUGAACAGGGAUUGGGAAGGAUGGUAGAAUUGGGUUUACCUUUGAUCAUUUCACAUGAGAUUAGUAGAUCUAUCUUUAGGUUUAGAAAGAUGGGUUGUCUCGAAGCUGUGGGACCGGCAGGUAUGAACGCUCUUCAAGCUGCUGUAUCUGGUAUGACAGAUCAACUCGGAUCAAUGGAGAGGAUCGUUCAAACUCCCCUUCCAUACAUAUUCUGCGUCCACCUCAAACAAGUCGUUUCCCUAUACCUAUUUAUCCUACCUUUCACCCUAGUCGACGCAAUGGGUUGGAAAAUGGUUUUCAUCAUGUUCGGUAUUAGUAUGACGUUCAUGGGUAUUGAAGGUAUAGCAAGUAUGAUCGAACAACCUUUUGGAACCGAUCCCUGCGAUUUAAAUCUUGAUUUAUACUGUACCGAGUUACUCUGUGAAUGCGAAGCCAUACUUGAACGACUUCCCGAAGGAGAUCAAGAGGAAGACUUGAUCAUGUUUGAAAGAGAUAAUCAAAUUAGGGAUGAUUGGGGAGCUGAUGAUGGUGAUGGUGAAUAA